CAUCACCAUCUCGAGGACACACUGGGGCUUGUGUGUGAGUUACAGCGAGGUGCCACAUGUUACAGAGAUGUUUCACUCCCCCGAUGCGUGUUGUCGUCACUGGUCAGCUCCUACCAGCAGCCUCCUGAAGUGGGAUCAACACCGGAGGGCUCAACAGUUCAACUCUCGACGAGCGGAGUGCAGGACUCAGUCCGACGCAGAGGCUCCUUCCGAAGAUGUGAAGAUAAAGAGCGUUUUACUGCGCCGCGACCCAGCAGCAGCUCGUUUACUCGUUUGACCAGGGAGAAGACAUUGUGAAGGCUGGAACCGAGAGGAGAUGUCUAACCAAGGCGUUCGGCGGAAUGGCCCUGUGAAGCUGCGAUUAACAGUUCUCUGCGCCAAAAACCUGGUGAAGAAAGACUUCUUCCGCCUCCCUGAUCCAUUUGCCAAGGUUGUUGUGGACGGUUCAGGGCAAUGCCACUCUACAGACACUGUGAGAAACACACUUGACCCCAAGUGGAAUCAACACUAUGACCUAUACAUUGGGAAAUCAGAUUCUAUCACCAUAAGUGUGUGGAAUCAUAAGAAGAUUCACAAGAAGCAAGGGGCUGGGUUCCUGGGCUGUGUUCGCCUCCUGUCCAAUGCCAUCAACCGCCUUAAAGAUACAGGCUACCAGAGACUAGACUUGAACAAGCUGAGUCCCAAUGACAGUGACACAGUCAGAGGCCAGAUAGUGGUGAGCUUGCAGUCUAGGGACCGGAUAGGCACAGGAGGCCCUGUGGUGGACUGCAGUCGCCUGUUUGACAAUGAUCUUCCAGAUGGCUGGGAGGAGAGGAGGACAGCGUCUGGACGAAUCCAGUACUUGAACCACAUCACACGCACCACACAGUGGGAGAGGCCUACCAGGCCUGCAUCAGAGUACUCCAGCCCUGGCCGGCCUCUCAGCUGCAUAGUGGAUGAGAACACACCCAUCAGCACGAACGGGGCCACACCCACCACAGCAUUGCCGCCUGGUGGCGGUGACCAGCGAGCCCAGGAGAGACGGGUCCGUUCCCAAAGGCACCGCAACUACAUGAGCAGAACGCACCUGCACACGCCCCCGGACCUUCCUGAGGGAUAUGAGCAGAGAACCACGCAGCAAGGCCAAGUGUACUUUCUCCACACUCAGACAGGUGUCAGCACAUGGCAUGACCCCAGAGUACCAAGAGAUCUGAGUAAUGUGAACUGUGAGGAACUGGGUCCUCUACCCCCUGGAUGGGAGAUACGGAACACUGCCACUGGGAGGGUUUACUUUGUCGACCACAACAACCGAACCACGCAGUUCACAGACCCACGCCUCUCCGCCAACCUGCAUCUCGUUCUAAAUCCAAGCCCCAAUGGCUCUCGGGGAGGCAUUGAAAGUCAGAAUGUCAGUCGUCAGAACCAGUUGAAGGAUCAGGCCCAGCAGGCUCUGGUGUCCCCCGGUCAGCUCCCAGAGGAGGCAGAGUGCCUCACAGUGCCCAAGUACAAGAGGGACCUUGUUCAGAAACUCAAGAUCCUUCGCCAGGAACUGUCCCAGCAGCAGCCUCAGGCUGGCCACUGCCGCAUCGAGGUGUCCCGUGAGGAGAUCUUUGAGGAAUCAUAUCGACAAGUGAUGAAGAUGAGGCCGAAGGAUCUGUGGAAAAGGCUAAUGGUGAAGUUCAGAGGAGAGGAGGGGCUUGAUUAUGGAGGAGUGGCCAGGGAGUGGCUCUAUCUGCUGUCCCAUGAAAUGCUGAACCCGUACUACGGCCUGUUCCAGUACUCCCGUGAUGACAUUUACACCCUGCAGAUAAACCCAGACUCUGCUGUCAACCCUGAGCACUUGUCCUAUUUUCACUUCGUGGGCCGUAUCAUGGGGAUGGCAGUGUUCCAUGGGCACUACAUAGACGGUGGCUUCACUCUACCUUUCUACAAACAGCUGCUGGGUAAACCCAUCACCUUGGAUGACAUGGAGUCUGUUGACCCUGACCUGCACAACAGCCUUGUGUGGAUCCUAGACAACGACAUCACGGGUGUGCUGGACCACACCUUUUGCGUAGAGCAUAAUGCCUAUGGAGAGAUCAUCCAGCAUGAGCUCAAGCCCAAUGGUAAGAGCAUCCCCGUCACCCAGGACACCAAGAAAGAGUACGUCCGACUCUACGUCAACUGGCGUUUUCUGCGAGGCAUAGAGGCCCAGUUCCUGGCUCUGCAGAAGGGCUUCAAUGAGGUCAUCCCCCAACACCUGCUAAAAGCCUUUGAUGAGAAGGAGCUGGAGCUGAUUGUAUGUGGGCUGGGCAAAAUCGACAUAAACGACUGGAAGUCCAACACGCGGCUCAAACACUGCACUCCAGACAGCAACAUUGUGAAGUGGUUCUGGAAAGCCGUGGAGUCCUUCGACGAGGAGCGCAGAGCCCGGCUGCUGCAGUUUGUCACCGGCUCCUCUAGAGUUCCCCUGCAAGGCUUCAAGGCUCUCCAAGGUGCUGCCGGCCCACGCCUCUUUACCAUCCACCAGAUUGAUGCCAGCACCAACAACCUGCCCAAAGCCCACACCUGUUUUAAUCGGAUCGACAUUCCCCCCUACGAGCACUAUGACAAACUCUACGACAAGUUGCUCACUGCCAUCGAGGAGACGUGUGGCUUUGCAGUAGAGUGAGUCGCUGAUGCAGAAGGAGCUCAGCAACAACCAGAAACAGCGUUGUUUGGCUAUGAUGAGCCUCCCCCUAAAAACCAGUCAACUCAGGUGGCUACGGUGGCUUCACCCUGGAAAGCCCAUACUCCCUGGAGACAUGUGGCCAAGGGUGGGCAGAGAAGACCAGAACAUGUCAUCUGACUGUCUUUUGUUUGUUUGUUUAUUUGUUUGUUUGUUUUUUUACCAUCGUUGAAAAGAUCUCUUCAGCUGCUAAUAACUCGAGACUAUUUACUAACUUGUGGAACCUGCAAAAUUUGCUGACUCUUCCCUUUUUUCUAAGUUCAUUAUAGCAUUUAAAAAAUAGACUGUAUUCCAUGUAGCAAUGCUCCAUCUUACCAAGCAGAACACAAAGUCAGUCCACUCUGAGAGCGACACUAACACUACAGGGUCAUUAAUGGUUACCACAACCACCUGGAAACACUAAAUUUGGAUGCGGAGUGUGCAUGACUCAGGCUGUUUGGUGCCUUGGAGUGAUCACGCUGGCCUGUCAGCAAUGCCAAGGCUGGAAAAGAGGGAUGUGUGCGGGUGAGAAGGCAGGACUAGAAGACUGAAUUAAGCAGAGUCCGACUGUUUACAAGCCUCUCCAAAGACCGCAGCAGGGUCCUCGGCUCCUGAGUCCCUGCCCAACAACUAGAGCUGCAUUCCCAGACACCUAUUUCACACAUUUGACAGCUAGUUUUUGUUUGAAAACGAGUAAAUGAAUAAAUAGCUUGAAAUGUGUUAUUUUUAUAUACCAGGGAAAAUUGAAAAAGAAACAAUAAAAUUCUAUAUAAUAUAUAUAAUUUAUUGCUGUUAUAUUUCAGAAACCCCUUUCCAUUGUUCCAGAAAAAUAAAAUCUUUUAAAUGUUAAGUGUUACUGUUUUAAAUUAUGGAAGACAACUUGUGAAAACAGAAUGAAGCUGGACUGAAUUUCACUUAAGAAUGCUGUGGUUUGUUUCUUAACCUUUCUUUAUACUGUACAAGGAGAGGUAUGUCUUAAAGAGCAAAAAAUCCUAAAUACCUGAUGUCCUCUGAGUGCCAUAAUUGUUUUGAAUGAAUGAAUCUUUGUGAAUAUUUAGCAGACCCUUUAAAUUCUACAUAUGGCGGUGUGACAUUUCCCUUCUUUUCCCUUCCCUUCCUUUUUUUUUUUUAAACAGUUUGUCUCUUGUAACUGGGCUAUGUUAACGUCACUAGCAUGAAACCUACCAUUACUUUCUAAUGGUAUUCUGUUCAGAGGAGUACAAAGUCCAUCAGUUCUUUUCUGUGCUGCCUCCAUGUUGUUGUUGGAGGGAGAAAAAGAAAAACCUCUACUACCUUCUAGCCAUGUGGUGCUAAAUAGCAUUAAAGUUUGUCUUAUAUUGGUAACCAUAUUCACUGACAUACUACUGCUUAAAGUGCACAACACUCUACUCGUGCUCAUACCGGUUCGUGACCACAAAACGCGUGGAAGAAAUCAAGAGGUCUACCUUGCCACAUUCUCAGGAGAUGUCAUAUGUAGUUCGUAAUGUCCUUUGAUUUGACAACCGAUGAGAUGCUGAUUCUGACCGCUUUGUCUUGAUUUCCUGAAUGUUGAAGGGUUAAAAAGUCUCAUCAUUUAAAUUGUUUUGCCCACAACAGGCCAUUAACACAGUAAUCGUCGCAUGUGUAAGUAUGUGCUCGUGGUUGAAAGGGAACUGAGUGAGAUGAGCUGGUAGCCUGCUACAGUCCCAUCAGUGAUGUUUUUAUUCAGAGAAAGUGGAGGGGAUUGUUUUCUACAAUUAAAAAUGAAAUUCUUGAAUGUUUUCAAAAGAUGCUGCCUGUCUAGCAAUCUCUAUGACCGUGGACUGUUCUUAACAUUUGCAUACACUUAAAAAAAAAAAAAUGUACUUUUCAUUUUCAUUCUUUUAUGUGGACUUGUGUAUGCAAAGUGAAAAGUGUCCUCAGAUGGUGCUUUGUACAGUAAUAAGAUAUUGUUCAUAUAUGUGGAUCAAACAACCUGUAAUUUAUCUUUAACUUAAGUAGAUUUUCUUGAAAUGAAAAGAGGAAUUGCACACAAACAGAAUGAGGUUGCCAUGUGUAUUUAAUGGCGACUUCUGUAACAGAUAUUCAUUCACCUUUAAGUCCAGUGCACAAGCUGAUCGCCCUACUGUCUGUUCCUACACUACAUCGCUCAGCAUUGCCCUGUAGCUGCCUCUCACUGAAGAACUGAACUUUUUAAUUAAACAAGUCAAAGUUGAGAGAUGCCGCUCUUGCUUCUUCCUUGUUUUUGUUUUUUUUUAAUAGCAUGAUCCACUAGCAGGACUAUAUCUCUCAUAGCUGACUGAUGCAAUUUGAUGUAUGUUAACACUAUCAUUUUGUAAGAGUAUUUUAUUUUUGUGUGUACUUAGUUCUAAUUAAACUUUGUCUAACAAUGUAAGGCCUUGUACAAA